UUAGGCUGCAGCUCAGAAUUAGAGAAGGUAUCGCUUCACCCCUCAAUAUAGUUUUUUCCAAAUCCUUAUCUUAAUUUUUUGAUAAAGAUUCAAUCUUUUUUGGUUUAUUAGUUUUUAUUACCAAACCAAACCAUUUAAAAAAAAAAAAAAAAAAAACCAUAAACCAACCUCCUUUUCCCUUCUUCUUCUUCUUCUUCUUUAUCUCUCUCUUUCUCCACCCCCAAAUCAUUUUUCCUCCGCCCAAUUUCCCCUAUUUUCUGAAGAAACGUUUCGUCGCUUUGUUUCUCUCCGAUCCCAAUACUGAGCUUGGCCAAAGCUUCAAUCUUUAUCGGUUUCGGGGCUUGAUUCGAUGAUGGUCAAUGCGGGUCAAUGAUCUUCUGAUUAGGGUUCCAGUUCGCCGUCUGCGAUCGCCGAUUUGGGGUUCGUGGCAUUGUUGAAUAUCUAGUCAGAGGAGGCGGGUCAUUGAUUUGGAGGAUUGUGGGGUUAUUAUUGAGGAAAAAGUCGGAUUCUUUUUCCAAUUGGGGGAUUGAUUUAAUGCGUUGAUUGUGACCUUUUGGGGUGAUUAGGCCAAGUUGUUGGGAGUAAACGUAAGAUUUUUGGAGAUUUGGGGGUUAUUUGUUUGGUGGGUGUGAGGGUUAUGCACACAAUAAAGGCUUGCAUUGGGCAGAAAUCUUGGCCAUUUUGAGCUUCUGGGUUGAGCUGUGUGUUGGAAGAUUGUUGAAUCAUGGAGCAUGUGAUUGCUGGAAAGUUUAAGCUGGGGAGGAAGAUUGGGAGUGGCUCUUUCGGAGAGCUCUAUCUAGGUGUCAAUGUACAAACCGGAGAGGAGGUUGCUGUGAAACUGGAACCUGUGAAGACCAAGCAUCCCCAGCUUCACUAUGAGUCCAAAUUGUACAUGCUUCUUCAGGGAGGAACGGGAAUCCCCCACCUGAAGUGGUUUGGAGUUGAGGGUGACUACAAUGUCAUGGUUAUUGAUCUUCUGGGACCAAGUUUGGAAGAUUUGUUCAACUAUUGUAAUAGGAAGUUUACAUUGAAAACAGUUUUGAUGCUUGCAGAUCAAUUAAUUAACAGAGUCGAGUACAUGCACUCAAGAGGUUUCCUUCAUCGUGAUAUAAAACCUGACAACUUCUUAAUGGGCCUAGGGCGUAAAGCCAAUCAGGUAUAUGCUAUUGAUUAUGGCCUUGCAAAGAAGUAUAGGGAUCUCCAGACUCACAAACACAUACCAUACAGGGAGAACAAGAACCUCACAGGCACUGCCCGCUAUGCAAGUGUUAACACUCAUCUUGGAAUUGAACAAAGCAGAAGGGAUGAUCUGGAAUCACUUGGUUAUGUGCUUAUGUAUUUCCUAAGAGGAAGCCUUCCCUGGCAAGGAUUGAAGGCUGGCACAAAAAAGCAAAAAUACGACAAAAUCAGUGAAAAGAAAAUGUCAACUCCUAUAGAGGUGCUUUGCAGAUCACAUCCAUCUGAGUUUGUAUCCUACUUUCACUACUGCCGAUCAUUGCGGUUUGAAGACAAGCCGGAUUAUUCAUACCUGAAGAGGCUUUUUCGAGACUUAUUUAUUCGAGAAGGUUAUCAAUUUGACUAUGUAUUUGACUGGACCGUACUGAAGUACCCCCAGAUUGGUGGAAGCUCCAGAGGAUGGCAUUCCAGUGGAAAAGCAGGUGCAAAUGCGGGACCAUCUGGGGAAAGACCUGAAAGAGUCUCAGUUGGAAAAGAGAUUCGAGAAAGAUUCUCAGGUGCAGUUGAAGCAUUUUCGAGGAGAAAUACCACAGCUUCUAGUCCACGUCAAGAUCACUACAAGCACAGGUCUUUUGAGGAUGCAACUCCACCAUCCCGAGACACGCCCCAUGAUUCUGAAAGGGGACGCAAUUCCUCCCGAUAUAUUAGCAGUUCAAGGAAGGCUGUGGCCAGCAGUAAGCCAAGUUCCUCAGGUGAGCCCAGUGAAGGUCGCACAAGCCGACUACUCUCAAACAGUAGCCGCCCGUCUACUGGGCACCACCGAGUUCAUUCUGGGCAUGAAUCCAAGCGGCCUGUUGCUACAAGAGGGACCCGCGAUGAUCCUCUCCGUAGCUUCGAGCUCCUCUCAAUCAGGAAGUAAUGGAGUUCAAUAUCUGCCUGGUCAUGUAAUGGAUAAUCACUCGUCUAUUUGAUGAGCACCUGAGAAAGAAAACACAAAACUCGCCUUUGUACAUGGGAUAUUCCCGAUGCUCCAUCAUUACUGAUCUUCUUGCAUGUCUUAUCAGCAAUUCCAGACUUCUCCCACUUCUUGUCAAGAGUUUAAGGGCCGCUGUAACUGUGUAUUAGAAGAAACAUACAUUCUUUCUCUCCUUAGCUGUAAUAAUUACUAUGUCCUCACUAUACACCUACUUUAAGUUUGAAACCGUUUCUUUGUUAUUUGUAUGCACCUCUCUAUUUAAGAGUUUAAUCAAGAGUGCUAUAGCUUGAGCUUGGUCCGCCGGAAA